AUGGCAUGUCUUGAAGAUGAACUGGCAUUAUUUGAGAGUGAAAUAGCUCAGAUUGAAAAAUCGAAUCCUCAGGUUGAGCCAAAGGGUGGAUACGAGAAUGCUACCAUUUCAGCUGCACCUGAGCCUGCUGAAAGCAGCUCGUCAAAAUCUGCAGCUUCACAUAGUGCUCCGCAAUCAUAUUUAUCGUCUUCUCCAUUUAUUGCUAAUUCCUUGGGAAAACCUCCCAUGCCACCGGCAAAUCUUUUAUCACGGCAAAGUUCUUCUCAGCUACAACCUCCAGCACCUCCUCCUACAAUCAAUCGAAAUAUGGCUUCAGCUACUAUCGAAGGAGCACCGACGCUUUAUGAAACUCCUGCUAUCAAUUCGAUUCCUGUUGAAAUGCUUCGAACUCAAGCCUUGCAGUCAGACAUUGAUAAAAUGCAUUUCAAGCGCCAAACAGAUCCUCUUAAAAAACGAAUAAAAGAGCAACAGACGAAGAAAAAAUUUGUUCGAAGCGGUGGCGGCCAGGUAUGGGAAGAUUCGUCGUUAGCAGAAUGGGAUGAAAACGAUUUUCGCAUUUUUUGCGGUGAUUUGGGAAAUGAGGUUUCUGACGAGCUUCUCGCAAAGGCUUUUAGGAAGUACCCAAGUUUUCAAAAGGCAAAAGUGAUUCGCGAAUCUCGAUCAAACAAGAGCAAAGGAUACGGCUUUGUAUCUUUCCGCGAAUCUGAUGAUUAUGUACGCGCGAUGCGUGAGAUGGAUGGAAAAUAUGUUGGAAAUCGCCCAAUCAAACUUCGAAAAUCCACAUGGAAGGAAAGAAAUAUUGAUGUUAUCAAGAAAAAGAAUCAGAAAAAGAAAGAGCUUGGGAUCAUCAUUUAA